GGCCUUGUGCUGAGGAGCUUGUUGCACCGGGCCUGCAUUUUGCCCCACCGAAUCGAACGGACUGGGCUGUGCUAGACCGCCUAUUUGACAGCUCUCUGUUAGCUGAGGAAGGGUUCCCGGGACUCUGCUCCGAGCCUUUCUUUCAUAUCAAACAUGGCCAUGGCCAUCAUCAACAUCAUCACCAAAAAACGCCUCUUCAAGUCACCUCUUCUUCAUUCCACUUCUCUCUUCUCCUCCUCCACCACCACCACCACCAUCCCAACAUCCCAAUCCCCCUCCAAAACCCCACUCGAAAAACAAUUCGAAACAUGGGUCAGCCAUCUCAAACCCGGUUUCACCCCUUCCGACGUCAACCACGCCUUAACAUCCCAAUCCGACCCCGAUCUCGCCCUCGACAUUUUCCGUUGGACCUCUCAACAACGUUCCUACAAACACAACCACCUCACCUACCUCACCAUCAUCAAACACCUCAUCAAUUCUCGCCGCUACCAACAAGCCGAAACCCUAGUCGAAGAAGUCAUCGCCGGCGCGUGCGAUCCCACUCUCCCUCUCUACAAUUCAAUCAUCCGUUUCUGCUGUGGCCGUAAGUUCCUCUUCAACCGCGCAUUCGACGUCUACAACAAAAUGUUAAACUCACAAGACUGUAAACCUAAUCUCGAAACCUAUACUUUACUUUUCAAUUCGCUUCUUCGAAGAUUCAAUAAAUUAAAUGUUUGUUAUGUUUAUCUACACUCUGUUCGAUCUUUAACUAAGCAGAUGAAGACUUCUGGUGUUAUACCUGAUACUUUUGUUUUGAAUAUGAUUAUUAAAGCUUAUUCUAAGUGUUUGGAACUCGAUGAAGCUAUUAGGGUUUUUCGCGAAAUGGGGUUGUAUGCUUGUGAGCCGAAUGGUUAUAGUUAUAGUUAUAUUGCUAAAGGUUUGUGUGAGAAAGGGAGGGUGGAACAGGGGUUUGGAUUUUAUAAGGAAAUGAGAGUCAAGUGUUUGGUUCCUAGUACUAGUACUUAUGUGAUUAUUGUUUGUAGUCUUGCUUUGGAAAGGAGAUUUGAGGAUGCUGUUGAGGUUAUGUUUGAUAUGUUGAGUAAUUCUAGGUCACCGGAUCAUCUUACUUAUAAGACUGUUUUGGAAGGAUUGUGUCGGGAAGGGAGGGUCGAUGAUGCUUUUGAGUUGCUUGAUGAAUGUAAGAAGAGGGAUGUUUAUAUGAAUGAGAAGAUGUACAAGAUUUUGUUCAAUGAUUUGCGGUUUGUGUGUAGGGAUUAGAAGAUUUUGUACUAAAUGUCAUGCCCUUGUUUCGAGGAUGUGCUUACAAUGUUCUUUUUUCUCCGAGUUGAACUUCAACUAGAACCAUCUUUUGCUUGGUAGUGGUAGAGCCUGAUUCAGAGACUUCUGAUGAAUCCUGUUAAACGAAUGAUCAGACAGGUCUUUUUACUUGGAGAUUGUUCUCAACUUUUGAAGUUAUUUUCAUUGCUCCACACAGGUUAGUGUGCAAGAAGAGGGUAGUAGCAAUUGGGCACCUGAAUAUAUGUUGACGCAAAUGCAGAUGAUAUGAAGCUCCUUUUUUGGUUGAAAGGAGUUACUUACAACAGCAUGUUAUAUAACCUCAGCUCUGUGAACCACAUGAUUCCUCAGUUGGAGCAAAAACAGGCUUGUAAUUUACACUUGCUGAAAUUGCUUGUGGAUAGUUUGCUAGAUGAGCAUCUUAUGAUAUCAAAUAACAAGCUAAAGCAACACCAUAGUCAUCCGAUUUUUAUUUUUCAAUGCCUUUAGUCCAUUUAUGUCAGCUGAAUUCAACUGAAAUAAAGCUUAGUUGAAAAUUUUGUAGUCAGUAGCGUUUGACUAUCUGUGUCUCUUAAAAUUCUGCAUUAUGUUUAAGCUUACUCUUCAUGGAAUAUGGGAGAAAUUUCAUUGUGUAAUAAGCCACUUGGCAGGAUCUUGUGUAUUUUGAAUAAAUAAAUAUUUACCAAAAUGUAGGGAUCAUAUUUAUAUACUAUUGGAAUUUUGUUGUUGCUGUCAA